AUGUUUGCAGCAUUCCGCGGGAGGAAGCACUACACCAGCCAGAACGUGCUAGCAGCUGUGGAUUUCGAUAUGAGGUUCGCCUACGUUCUUGCUGGGUGGGAGGGUUCAGCUCAUGAUGCGAGCAUCCUGGCCAACAGCUUGUCAAGGCCUGAUGGGUUGCAAAUCCCUGAUGCUAAAAAAACAAGGUACCACCUCAACGAGUUCUCUGCGAAGAACCGACCUCUAAAUGCGAGAGAGUUGUUCAAUCUCAGACACUCAAGCCUUAGAGUCAACAUUGAGAGGGUCUUUGCUGCACUGAAGAACAGGUUCAAGGUCCUUGACCAGAAACUGUUCCACAUGUUUGACACUCAGGUAAAGCUGGUCCUUGCUUGCUGCAUUCUUCGCAACUGUAUCCUAGGUUGGGGCGAGGAUGAGUUCUUCGAAGAGGUUGUCACUUUUGAUAAAGUAGAGACUAGCCAUGGCGUGGAAACUUGCGACAAUGAUGUCUGGAAGGUGAAGAGGCAAGAGUGGGCAGACGCAAUAUGGAAAGCCAGAGGAAACACCACCAUCUGA